UCUGAUUUCCCAUGGAUUCCUGCUUCCACCAUCGGAUAAUGUCCGGAAACAUUGCCAAGUAAAUAUGAGAGUAUUAUUUUGGAGAAAUAAUUAAUCCCAAUCAAAAAUAAAUAAAUAAAUAAAAUAGAACGCCAGAGAAAAGAAAGCGAGGGUGGAAGCCAGCGAAGCCGAUUGCCUUUGGUAGUGAGAAAGGACCUGGGCACGGGCUGGAGCGCCGUCGUCCCCUUACUUCAGCACCGAAGGGGAUGGACAGCGUAUCUGGACUGGGCUGCAGCCACCCUGGCAGAGCUGCGCUGCCGCCGCCGCCGUCCUCGCUGCUGCUGCCGUCGCCACGGGCAGCUGUGCUCCCUGCUCCUCGCAGCUAAAAGACAGUGCUCCCUUAUCCCCCUCCCCACACCCUUCUUUCCCUGAUGGACGAAAAGUAAUCUUCCUUAUACAUCUGCUGCAGUCAAGGACCGGACUCUGAGGAGUAGCUCUUGCUCCACAGCUUACUCUCAGCAGCAACUUCAAGAAUAAUUUUUCUAUAGGGGGCUGGGAGGAAGGCAAGUAGAAUAGUGAGGGCGAAGUUGUUACAAGCUCUGGAAAUCAUGGGCUCUGCAGUAGGGGUCGAAAUGCCCAAAGGCCCUUACUUCUUGAAAUAAACAGAAUGUUCACCAGUGGAUGUCAACUGUUUUGGAAAUAGCUCUGUGGAAGCAGGUCUGAGAUCUACUCAAAACCCUAUAUUGGAGAAACUGAAUAGACUUCCUAUUCCUUGACGUUGGCAGAUUGUUCUCCAGAAUGCCGAGAUUGCCAGAGAAGUGACUGCCACAAGAGGAAAGCAUUGCUCUAUCCAAAUUCAAACUACGCCUUGGACGUGCCGCAGCACAUGGAUUUCAGGUCUGCCUGUGAAGAGACAAAGACAGGGAUUUGUUUGCUGCAGGAUGGUCACCAGGAGCCUUUCAAAGUGCGGCUGCACCUGGCCAGAGACCUUCUGAUGAUCCAGGAACAGGAUGUGAUAUGUGUGUCUGGUGAGCCUUUCUACUCAGGUGAAAGAACGGUGACCAUUAGAAGACAAACUGUAGGCGGAUUUGGAUUAAGCAUCAAGGGGGGAGCAGAACAUAACAUUCCAGUUGUCAUUUCAAAAAUCUCCAAGGAACAAAGAGCGGAACUUUCAGGACUACUGUUUAUCGGGGAUGCAAUUCUACAGAUAAAUGGAAUUAAUGUGAGAAAGUGCAAACAUGAAGAAGUGGUUCAAGUUCUUCGGAAUGCUGGAGAAGAAGUGACCCUAACUGUGUCAUUUUUAAAAAGAUCACCUGCUUUCCUCAAACUUCCAUUGAAUGAAGAUUGUGCAUGUGCACCCAGUGACCAGAGCAGCGGGACCUCCUCCCCUCUCUGUGACAGUGGCCUGCAUCUCAACUACCACCCCACCAAUCCAGACACGCUGUCGUGCUCCUCGUGGCCAGCCUCUCCAGGGCUGAGGUGGGAAAAGCGAUGGUGUGAUCUCAGGCUCAUCCCCCUGCUGCACUCCCGCUUCUCUCAGUACGUGCCUGGGACGGAUUUAAGUCGGCAGAAUGCUUUACAAGUGGUUGCUGUGGAUGGCGUCUGCAGUGGAAUUAUCCAGUGUCUCUCUGCUGAAGACUGCAUUGACUGGCUGCAAGCAAUAGCAACCAAUAUUUCAAACCUCACAAAGCACAAUAUCAAAAAAAUCAACAGAAACUUUCCCGUAAACCAGCAGAUCGUCUAUAUGGGCUGGUGUGAAGUACGGGAUCAGGACACCCUUCAAGAUCGGCUGUACUCGCCGACAUUUCUAGCCCUGAGGGGCUCUUGCCUUUACAAGUUUUUGGCACCUCCAGUGACCACCUGGGACUGGACCCGAGCAGAGAAAACAUUUUCAGUUUAUGAGAUUAUGUGCAAGAUCCUCAAGGACAGUGACCUGCUGGACAGGCGGAAACACUGCUUCACGGUGCAGUCCGAGACUGGGGAGGACCUCUACUUCUCUGUGGAGCUGGACAGUGACCUGGCGCAGUGGGAGAGAGCCUUCCAAACAGCAACCUUCCUGGAGGUGGAACGGAUACAGUGCAAGACUUACGCGUGUGUGCUGGAAAGUCAUCUCAUGGGACUCACCAUUGACUUCAGCACAGGAUUUAUCUGCUUUGAUGCUGCAACCAAGGCUGUUCUUUGGAGGUAUAAGUUUUCUCAGCUUAAAGGUUCUUCAGAUGAUGGCAAGAGCAAAAUCAAAUUUUUGUUUCAGAAUCCAGAUACUAAACAGAUUGAAGCAAAGGAGUUGGAAUUCUCAAAUCUAUUUGCUGUUCUCCACUGCAUUCAUUCAUUCUUUGCUGCAAAGGUAGCUUGUUUGGACCCUCUAUUUUUAGGCAAUCAGGCUACUGCUUCUGCUGCUACCAGCUCUGCUACUACAAGCAAAACAAUGUAUAUGACUUGACAUACUGAGCCCAUAUUGCCACUGACCAUGACUACAUAAACAGAAUAGACAUGGUCAUCGUUUUAGACCUUGGAGAAACCAUGACAGCACCAUGUCAAUAGUGGAGUCAAAUUUUGGCAGAAAAAGGAAGGUCAUAUGGGAGCGCAAAAACAUUUCUAUGCUGGAAUGCAUCCGGGAAUAAACCUAGAAGAACAAAAUAGCUUUGAUCUCACAUGAUCGACAUGUUCCUCUAUAUUGCAUUAGUCAAAAGUGGAGACAAAAGAAGGAAUGAAUUGAAGAAGAGUGUAAAUAUAUAAAAAUUGUAAGCUACCUACAAAAAUUCCAGUUAAUGAUUUUUUUCUGUUUUUUAGAUUAUUUUGUAUGAAAAAUACAUGUUGGUCCAGAUUAUGAACUUAUGCCCUGUCAUUUUAUUAUGUGUGACAUAAAGAAAGCAAAAAUCAUGUGACUGCAAGGAGACCAGCAUGCAAAAAAUAUCAUCAAAGAAGAAAGCACUUUAAUUUGCUGAUGUAAAUUUCUUCUUGAAAUAUUCUUCCAGAAUUUGACACUGACACUCCACUUUUGUUUCUUUUAUUGUAAAAUAUCCACAAGAAUUGUAAAAGGAUAACUAUAUCUACUUAUGGUAGAAGCAAUGUGAAAUGGACUAUUUCUUCCUUCAUCACUGACAUUAAAUGUUUUAUUAGUAGGCAGGCCAAUCAAAUAUUUAAAAUGUAUUCAUUUAAUUAUGAUUGAUAUAAACAUUCAUAAAUCCCUUGUUUCUUUCUUGAUUUUAAGGGAAUUCAUAUUUUACCUGAAGGAAUUUAUUAUCAAAUUAAAGUUUUCAGUGACCCCCCCCAAAAAGGAAAUAAUAUCAACAAACAUGGUAUAAGCAACAGCUCUCUGUAAUCCUAACCCUAUUAGUUAAUCGUGAACUGAAAUGUCCCUAGAAAGUAGGCUCAAAAGCUGUUAUUUGUUAUCUCAUUGACUGUCUUCAUUUUAGUGAUAUUUUUAUAAGAAAAUAAGAUGAGAUCUGAAAAUGAAAUUUUAAAUCUAGUACAUUAUCAUGUCAUAUAAAGUGAUUAAGCAAUGCCAACUAUAUGGAUCAUUUUAGGUAUCUCAUCAUAGGUGUGUAAACAUGUAAAGGCUGAAAAUUUGGAAGCACGGAGAGGUGCACAUGCUGCCCAGAAUCCAGGCAUGACAUCACCUUUUUUUAUAAUGUGGGAAACACUCUCUGCCUUUCACUUUAGAUUUAUUGAGCUCCACUUUUAAAAAAUCAGAUGCUUAUCAAAAGAGGAAAACACCUUACUGUUUUUAUCAUCACAUGUAUUACCAACUAACUGAACAUUGGAUGUUCCCUUAUGAAGAUGAUCAACUAUCCAAUAAGGGGAUUAGAUUUUCUGUUUUGACAACAUAGGAGACAAAAAGUCACUCAAGAAGGAAACAAAAUUCAUUGUAAAAAAAGACACAUACCCAUUAUAAGCUUUUUUAAAAUUAACAUUUAGCUGUUUCCAUAAUCAUAAAUUAACUCAUUUUGUAUCUGACUACUGAAAUAAAUUAAAUGGAAAAGAAGAAAUGAAGAUGCAUAAUUGUCAAGCCUUAAGAUCAAGUGUUAUGUUGGAUCUGGUACACCUUAUUUAAAUAACUAUGACAAAUUGGACAAUAUACAGUUUUUAAUAUAAUAUAUUUUGAUCAUAAACCUGACUGGUAUUCAUGAUUAGGACAAUGCUUUAGAAUUGUGUAUUGAUUGCAUAAUGAUGGACAAUGCUUUAGAAUUGUGUAUUGAUUGCAUAAUGAUCAACAACACAGCGGUCAUUUUAAAAUUAGAAGCCCACCUAACUGACUUCCUUAGGCCAGUUAUGAACUUAUGAGUAGAGGAAGCAUCUACCUUAGGAUUUUAGGCAGGAGCAGCCAGUUCACCAUAGGCUUUCUGCUACUGAUUAGAGCUGCAGCUCACUGUGCUCCAUACUGGGGAUUAACCAUGUGUCUAGAGUGUGAUAAUCUGGUCUACCAACAACAGAAAAUGGGCUAGUUAUACUAAAGCAAAACAACAAAAAAUAACAGUUUUAAAACUUUAUUUAAAUGUUAUAGAAUCAUUAAAGAGACAUUAAUGUCAAACUUUUAAAAACUCCUUUAUAAAAUAUUAAAAGCCAAUUUAAUAUCCUUUUUGUUAUAUCCUAAAAAUCUGCUAGCCUGUGCUCAUGUGUAUGAUGAAAGGAAAAGUGCACAAUGAGAUAUGUAUGAGUAUAUAUCUCCUCGUGCAACAUAUAUAUGUAUGUAUAUAUGCAUAUAUAGAAUGAAAUGCUCACCAUAAAUUAUAUUAGAAAAAUAUAUUUCAUACACAUACAUUUAAUAUAGUUUAAAUUUAUAUUGUAAAUUGUAGCUUGAAAUAAAAUUCAUGACAGUAUUCUUAUUGUGAUUAUUUUUGAUACUAUUGAUAAAAACAAUAUGCCUAAAUUGAUAUUUAACAUGAUUAGUGGGCAGCCACCUAUAGGAAAUUAUUAUUCUGAUUUUCUUCACUUUAGCAAUUAGUAGUUAAUAUUUAAUAUUUUCUUUACAGUGUGAUGAUUAGCUAUUAUCAUUUGUUAUAACUUGGGCUGUUUGACAGAGAAUUUUUAGAAAUGAACAAAAAUGAUCAAAUAAAUCUCUAAUUCUCAUGUAAUUUAGGUUUUGGUGCAUGGGAUUUAUUUAUCAAAUUCUAGUUUAUACAUAGAGCACAUUUUAACAGCAGAAUGCUUACUUAUGUGUUCACCCCUCCAGUGCCUUGGUAUAUAUAUAGAUAUAUAGAUAUAUAUCUUUAUAUAUAGCAUAAACUCUUUCAUCAUUAUUGGGUUCAUUGUAGUAUAUAUAGUGCUAAUUCAAAGGGAAUAUUAUAGGUAUUUAGUCAGAGAAGUGAGUUAAACAUUUGAAAACUUUGCUAACUACUAUGGUUAAUGUAUUUUGCCUGAUAAAGAAUAAUUCAAUUAAGCUGAAUUAUAUAAAAGCAGGGAUAUUUUUAAUUUGUUAUAUUACAACAAGUAUUUAUUUUGGGAAAAAAAACAGAUAAUAUAAGUGGAAUGUGUACACUAACAUUAAGCAUCCAACACUUUUUUUUAAAGAAAGAAAAUCAGCUAAUCACUUCUUGGUCAUAUUUCAGAUGUGUAUCAAUUUACAGUGUUAAAGCCUUUGCUUAUUACACUGUUAUUGAGCAAGAAGAAAAGCAAUUAUUUGAAAAUAAAUGCUAAGUCCAUAUUCCCAUGAAAGCAGAGAUUUUUCUUUGGGUGCAUUAGGUUAUAGAUACUUCCCAUAUUACAGUGAAAAAGUUUGUUAACAAACUUUGUCUACAUGAAUGUUGGAUUUGAGAGGUUUGAUUUAUUGCUGACAAAAGUAAUAAUUCAACAAUAUUUAGAAUUACUGCUAGAAUCCAGCAGUGUGGAGAAGCUUUAAAAGCACAAGGACAAUCUUGUGCUUAAUUUUUAAGGUAAGUGUAGAUGUUUCCAUAUUAAGACACUCAUUUCAUUACUAUUAAAAGUGUUCUACUUAAUGAACUCUGCAUAAGAAAAUGUUCAUACUUCUAAAAUUAUUUUUUAUGAUUUAUUCUUAUUCCUUAAUACUUUCAAAUCAUAAUACCACUGAGUUGCACAUUUGAAUUUGCUUUUGAAGUAUAUAAAAUAUUAUAAAAUGUUAUAUAUUUUAUAAAUAUUAAAAAAUGCAAUGAGAA